AUGUGUGGUGAUUAUUAUAGGACAAGUAAUUCAGUUGAAGUUGUCAAGAACAAGGUGCUCAGAACCAUUGAUAUCCACAGGAACCGUAUUUACAGUUUGUUACGUCACAUUACCAGUUUGGCAGAAGUGUCGGCUAGGGAUAUUCAAGACAUUGAGCGUGGUGCAAUGGUGCAGCGAAGACGUGCCUCCUCUGUAUCCAACCAACCACAAAUAAUUAAUCUGACAAAAGAAUUGUGUAGUACCGCUAGUAACCAGCUGAAUGCUGCAAGGAACCUUCUAGUUGCUACUUCACUUCUUAUCAAUCAUCUUUUGCCCAAUUGAAGUGUUCAGAAAAUUUGUUUGAUUUUUUGGUAAGAUUAUUUCACGCUGAAAAGCUAUUUAUGUUCUUGUGUUCAAGGAUCGUAUGUUUAAGGCAGAGUAAAGCAAUAACUUGGUGUUGCACAACAUAUGUAUUUUUUUUCUCUUUUUACCAUUAUACAUUUGCACUUGUACAUGUUCAGCUGUAGAGUAAUGAUAAUAAUAAUGUAAUAAUAAUAAUGUAAGUAAACCAA